GAUCUAACUUAUUAGAUUUAGAAAUCAGCCUCAAAACCCUAGAAUUCAGUCGCCACUGCCCUAUUCCAGCACUCAAUUUUUAGGCAUUUUUAUUAAUUUAUUAUUAUUAUUAUUAUUAUUUUCUUUUUAGGGUUAUUUUUGUUUAAUGUUGAUUUUGAGGACCAUUUUUGCGUUAAUACCAAGCAUUCUUAUACGUGAUUGGUGGAUUGAAAAUCAAUAUUGAGUUUAAUUGGAUACAAAUGUUCUGUGUUCUACUUUGGUUUAAAUAGAGCUCCGAUUCAAUGAUAGUUGUCACCUGUCUAUAAAGAGGGAAUUCUUUAUUAGAUUUCCUUUUGAGAGAUCAAAUUUUGGGUUCACAUUACUCAAGUCUUUACUGGAGAUUCUAAUACUAUACUGAAUUAUUGCCAUUGGAUUAUAUAGUUGAUUCUGAAUUUCGGCUAAUUUUAACAGUUCAAAGGUAUUAAAUUUGUUACUUUGGGAUCACUUUUGUGAUUUGGGCCAGAAAAUUGAGGGUGAAAAGGGAUUGGGUUUUAUAAAUCAAGAUUUAGAGUACAGAUUUCUUGAAUUUGGGGUUUGUUUUAACAGUUGAUUUUGUGCGGAUGAGAGGAGAGGGGAGAUGAGUGGUGAAAUAUGGGACUUGAGGGGACAACAAUGACUACAGGGUCAUUGGGUCUUCGAUCUUCGGGAAGUUAUGGGUCAUUGCAACAACAUCAAUUUCAGAGUAGUUUAUUAUCAUCUUCGAUCCAAACUACGCCUCCCCCUCUGGUGCCAAGAAAGCCUGCCAAGAUGCUUAAGGAAAAGGACAGGUUUUUUCAUUGGAUCUGCAAAUUCGCUCCCCGGAAGAAGGUUGGAAUGCUGCUUUUGUGUCUUGUUUCCGCUGCUGUUUUCAUCUGGGUUUUAUAUGUUGGAAAAGGUGAAGAUUCGCAAGAAACUAUUAUGUCAAAUAUGAGUAUUAAAUCCCCAUUAAUAUCUGGGGAGAGAGAUAGUUUUACUGCUGCUAUUACUUCUGACGUAAACAAUGUUGUGGGAAAUGCAAAUGUAGAGCCUCCGCCUCUGCCUCCAAAUCCGACGCCACCUGUAUAUUUUACAGGAUACACUCUUCCUCCUGGGAAUCCAUGUGAGGGUUUUACAUUGCCACCGCCACCAGCGGAUAGAAAGAGGACCGGACCACGUCCAUGUCCAGUAUGUUACCUUCCUUUGGAACAAGCUAUUUCCCAAAUGCCAACUGCACCAUCCUUUUCUCCCGUGCUUAAGAAUUUGAUAUAUAUUCAUGAAGAAAACUUAAAUAAAACCGAGUUUGGAGGCUCUGAAUUCGGUGGAUAUCCUUCACUGAGACAGAGGAGUGAUUCAUAUGACAUAAGAGAGUCCAUGGGCGUGCAUUGUGGGUUUGUCAGAGGAGCAAAACCUGGCCUCCGGACAGGUUUUGACAUUAAUGAUUCUGACCUUCUUGAGAUGGAAAGUUGUCGUGGGGUCGUAGUCGCAUCUGCAAUUUUUGGAGCAUUUGAUUUAAUACGACAACCAAAGAACAUUAGUGAGUAUGCCAAAAAAAAUGUCUGCUUCCAUAUGUUUGUGGAUGAAGAAACAGAAGCAUUUUUGAUCAAUUCUAAUGAGCUGGAUAGUAGCAAGAAAAUUGGGCUAUGGAGAAUAGUAGUUGUUCACAACCUACCUUACUCUGAUCCAAGGCGGAAUGGGAAGGUUCCCAAGCUUCUACUUCAUAGGCUUUUCCCUAAUGCCCGAUACUCGCUAUGGGUUGAUGCAAAACUUGAGCUGGUUGUGGAUCCAUAUCAGAUUCUUGAAAGGUUCUUAUGGAGGAAAAAUGCUAGCUUUGCUAUUUCAAGACAUUAUAAGCGUUUUGAUGUAUUUGUAGAAGCAGAAGCUAAUAAGGCUGCUGGGAAGUACGAAAAUGCUUCCAUUGACUUCCAAAUUGAUUUCUACAAAAAGGAGGGUUUAACCCCAUUUUCAGCCGAUAAAUUUCCUAUUACAAGUGAUGUUCCUGAAGGAUGUGUUAUAAUAAGGGAGCACAUUCCAAUCUCCAACCUCUUCACCUGUCUUUGGUUUAAUGAAGUGGAUCGUUUUACUUCCAGAGACCAGAUCAGUUUUUCAACUGUUAGGGACAAGAUUGCGUCAAAGACCAAUUACACCAUCAAUAUGUUCUUGGAUUGUGAAAGGCGUAACUUUGUGGUGCAGGGGUACCAUAGGGACUUAAUUGAGAACUGGGCUCUCCCUCCUCCGGACGCCAUUGAUCUUGUUCAUCCUCCACCCCCCAUUAUCGAUGAAAAACUAAACACGCCACCUGGAACUUUUACUGAAAAUAUUGUAAGUAGUCCAAUCAAGAAGGCUUCAACAAAGCGCGGGAGAGACCGGAAAUCAAGGCGUCAUCGGAAAGUCAAUGCCGGCAGCAAGGAUAUCACUGCUACUUGAAAAAUUUUGUUCUAGGCAAAUUUUUAUAUGGUCCUUUCCCUGUACAAGAUAAUUCAGUGCAGGGAUUGGAAUUUGUUCGAGUUGAGCCUUGUAAUUAUGCUUCUACACAGCAGCUUUUAUUUUUAUUUUUUAUAAUUUUUUAAAAGAUGCAAUAUUUAUUUAUC